CCCUCCUUUCCCUCCUUGAGCCGGAAAAUGAGGCAAUCCCCCGGCUGGAUGUUUUUCCUCUAGCCUUGGGAGGAGACCGGCCUGGAGCGGAGUCCUUUGCACCGCUUGGAGAUCAGUUUGUUCCACUCUUUGGAUCAAGCUUGGAUCUGGAAGCGCACUCUCUCGACGAGUUUGAGAGAGAGACCUAGAUUGCAUUCCAGGGGGGAAAGAAAGGGGGGUCUCCAAUUUGGGGGGGCGGGCUCUCGGGGAUGAUGUCCCAUGAGACGAGCGAGAGGCCCCCCAACCCCGAGCCGCCCCCCGCCACUGUCUUCGUCUUAGUGGAAGACCCACGCUCCACGGACGCCAUCCAGCUGCUCAGCCUCGAUUCCGUGCUCCCAGAGUCUGGGAUUGUGGCCGACAUUGACUUGGAGAAUAUCCUCUCCCUGAACAGUGACAACUUCUACGAGCUCAAGAGCCAGCCUAUUGGUGUCAGCCCGCCGAGUGCUCCAUCCCAAGGUCCCACCAUGUCGUCACGGGUGCUUCUCCGCCAGCAGCUGAUGCGGGCACAGACCCAGGAGCAAGAGCGCCGGGAGCAGCAGCAAGCUGCGCAGUUCACCCCUACACCCCUGGCACCUUCCACGCCUGCCAUUUCCGUGAGCCCAUUGGCUCGCCCUGCACCUGCCCAGGUCCCUGUGGAGGUACUGAAGGUUCAGACUCACCUGGAGAACCCCACCAAGUACCACAUCCAGCAAGCUCAGCGGCAGCAGGUCAAGCAGUAUCUCUCCACUGCCAUGGGCAACAAGAUGGCAACCCAGGCCUUAGCUGGGGCCAGCCCAGGGGCACCGUCCUGCUCCCCACAGGCUGCCUCUGCCCCUGAAUCCCAGCAUAGUUUGGCUCAGCAGCAGCAGCAGCAGGGAGUGGCAGGUGGGACUGGGAGUGCCCCCAACAGCCCCAUGGCUAUGCUGAACAUUGGCUCCAGCUCUGAGAAAGAGAUUGAUGAUGUCAUUGAUGAAAUUAUCAGCCUCGAGUCCAGCUAUAAUGAUUAUGGUGGUCUACAGAUGCCUAGCACUCUGCCUGUCUCUGGAAACCUCCUGGAUGUGUACAGCAACCAAGGGAUGAUGGAGCCAGUUGUAACUGUCAGCAACUCUUGUCCAGCUGACCUGCCCAAUAUCAAGAGAGAGAUGUCAGAGAAUGAAGCCAAAGCAUUUCUGAAAGAAAGGCAGAAGAAAGACAACCAUAAUCUCAUUGAGCGGAGGCGGCGUUUUAACAUCAAUGACAGAAUCAAAGAACUGGGGACUCUCAUUCCAAAAUCAAAUGAUCCGGAGAUGCGUUGGAACAAAGGGACCAUCCUGAAGGCUUCAGUGGACUACAUUCGGAAGCUGCAGAAAGAGCAGCAGCGCUCAAAGGAGAUGGAGAUCCGGCAGCGGAAGCUGGAGCAGGCUAAUCGUAGCCUGCAGCUGCGUGUGCAGGAACUGGAGCUGCAGGUCCAGAUGCACGGGUUGCCUUUGACUUCGAUGACACAUUCUUUGGCAGGAGACACAGUUCCCCCUUUCGCAGACUCCCUGGAUCUGCCUUUCUCGGCUGAGGAACUGGGGCUGGGUCUUGCAUUGGGAUCAGAUGGGGGAGCCCUGCAGGAUGUUCUCAUGGACGAUGGGACUGCUUUGUCCCCACUCGGCGCCUCUGACCCACUGCUAUCCUCUGUCUCGCCUGGCGCCUCCAAGGGCAGCAGCCGCCGUUCCAGUUUCAGCAUGGAAGACGACUCGUGAUGGCAGCAUGUGGGACUCUGGUGAUUGGAAAGGAAGAGUCGGAUAAGGCUCCACCUCUCACACACUCGACCCUUCCCUGGUCAGACCUUUCUUCUGAUCCCGGUAGACCUCAAAUUGUGGAGGCUCCUCCCCAUGCUCCUUCCAAAUUACCACCUCUUUUCAGCAUUCUGUUACCCUCUUCAAUUGGGGACAGGAAGGAUAGCGUGGAUUCAGUUUCCUCCCAUGGGAAAGUAGGCUUGCUGAGUUGUUGUUGAUACCAAAUCUCCCCAGAAAGCAGCAGAAGUAGGUUAUCCUUUAUCAGAGGAUGGGACCCUAAACCAUGUGUACUCACUUGAAGGUUCAGAGAUGCUAGAAAGUUGUUCUUUAUGCAUUUCCUUAACCCUGCCCUAUUUUAAAACUCUAGUAGGGUAUUUCUUAAUCACUGUGUGAGGAGUGUGUAGCCACCCACUUUGGUUUGCUCACUCCAGCCCUUGCUUUAUAGACCCUUUGCACCUUCACUGAAUAUAAUUUAGGAAGCUGGUUUGAGAGUGGAGGAGGAAAGUGGCCUCUUUUUCAGAGAUUUUGCAUAGCACAGAGCCUUGUCCUCCUCUUCCUCCUUCCUUUUUUUAAAGCAUUAUUUUAUAUAGAUAUUGGACAUUUUUUAUUUGUAAAUCUUACCCUUCUCAAAACUGCUGCUUUAACAUUUGGUGAAACUGGGGUUUUUAUUUUAUUGGUGCAAUUUUGUUCACUUCAGAAUUGGGUGAAAGAAAAACCCGACUUUAUCCCUCAUGUUUUCUUUGUGGGCAGAGGAAUAAGGGAGAGGACAGUAGUGAAAUAGUUCCCUUGCGCUUACUUGUAUGUUCAUUUAAAUCUUAAGAGUAAAAACUGCUCAGUAGGGUUUAAUUGCUACCUACCCUGUUUUUUAAUUUAAAUAUUUCUCCUGUUUUUAAAUAUGUAUGUAUAAAUAAAGUUAUAAUCACUUUUUAAAGAGGAAUUUUUGCAUACUAUGUAGAUCUGAAGAUAAUUAUGUAAACGAAACUGUACUGUUUAUUGAAUCAGCUAGCCUUUGAUUGAAACCAGGCUUCUGUAUGAACUGUUUUUUGAUGGGCAUUAGAAAGUUAUUGUAAUUGUUGCAAAGACAAUCAUUUGGUCUCUACUGUGUGAAUGCAGUCAGACAGAAUUGGUCACCCCCCCCCCAAAAAAAAAGAAAAAGAAAAGAAAAAGAUUUCCUCCACAUAACUCUUUAAAAGCUCAGUUCGCACAACAUUGUCUCUGUUAUUAGAUUUCUAGACUGGGUUAAAGUGAAAGGAGUAUUGGCCACUGCCCUUCAGGAGAUAAUGCUCAAAAUACUGCUUGGGAUGGUCAGAAAGGUACUAUAGGUUGAGUAUCCCAUAUCCAAAAUGCUUGGACUAGAAGUGUUUCAGAUUUUGGAAUGCCAUAUUGGUAUAUACGUACACAAUAAGUUGUCUUGGAGAUGGGACCCAAGUCUAAACAUAAAAUGGAACUAAGUUUCAUAUGGAAUUUAUGGACAUAGUCUGAAGUUACACAGUAUUUUAAUGUUGUGCAUGAAAACAAGCUUGAGUACAUUGAACUGCCAGAAAAGCAAAGGUGUCACUGUCACAGCCACUUAUGUGGACAAUUUCGGAUUUUGGACUAUUUCAAAAUUCUGGAUAAUAGCUGUUCGACUUGUACUUUACUAUAUGUGAACACACUACUAAGUUUAAAAUAUAGAAGGAGGAAUUAUCACACUUAUCUGGAUAUCUUUUGAAUGAGAAUUGAGAAGAGGGGUGAUCAUUGCAAACUCAUGUUCUUUCAGUAUGUCUUGCUAGUAAGAAAAAGAAUUAAGAGCAGAGAAAGUUGAGAAAAAGUGAGAUUAGGUAAGUGGUUGUAGAUAUCCUGAAGGAAUGGGGCUAGGCUUCACUAACAAAGCAUUGCAUGAGAGUGUAGUGUUCAGGGGAUGACAGAGGGGAGAAUUUCAGAAUGAGGGAAGGAACUGGUUUUCCUAUUGUGGGUUCUUCACCCUCCAUGACCCAGACACCACUUUCUGUCCUUUCUACUUUGUAUGUUUAAACAUUCCCACUACUGAUAAUAGAAGCUUCUAAAGAAAUAAACCAGCAAUUACCAUUUUCUAUA